AUGUCUGAGCCCAUAACUCCCAAGGAAGAGCUCCUGAAUUCGAAUGACGUUAGAUCAAAAAUGGAAAUGCUUUGUAUGGAUCUACAAGCUCAUUUAUGUCGGUCUAUGGAAACCAUCGAUGGCAAAGCACGCUUCAUUGCUGAUCGCUGGAUGCGCAACGAUGGUAACGGCGGUGGAAUUUCUUGCGUACUUCAAGGUGGGAGAGUUUUUGAGAAAGCUGGCGUUAAUAUCAGUGUUAUUACUAGUACCCUUUCCGAUAACGCAAUCCAACAAAUGAAGGAGAGAUCGAAAGAUCUUGAAAUUGGUCGCAAUUACACCUUCAGAGUUGUUGGAAUUAGUUCAGUUAAUCAUCCUUUGAAUCCUCAUGCUCCUACGAUGCACUUCAAUUUCCGAUAUUUCGAAGUGACUGAUGUGGAAACGGGUCGCAUUAUCUGGUGGUUUGGUGGGGGCUGUGACUUAACACCGCAUUUCCUCUAUGAAGAAGACGCCAAAAGCUUCCACAAGCACUUCAAAGACGCUUGUGAUGUUAAUAAUCCAUCUUAUUACCCUGAUUUCAAGAGGUGGUGUGAUAAGUACUUCUUCAUCAAACACAGAAGUACGUCCCGUUGUUUAGCUGAUUCCUCGUAG